UAGAAUAUUUCGAUUGAAUCUAAAUUCCCAUAAUGUCGCAACAAACUUUGCAACGUUUAUCAGGAAGAAGCGCAAUAGUAACUGGAUCUACCUCUGGUAUAGGUUUCGCAAUAGCCAAAAGGCUAGCAGAGGAAGGAGCCAAGGUAAUCAUCAGCAGCAGACAAAAAGAAAACGUAGAAAAAGCUACCAAGGAACUUCGUGAUCAAGGACUUGACGUCAAAGGUGUUGUUUGCCAUGUCAGCGAUCCUGGCCAUAGGAAGAGACUAUUGCAAGAAGCAGAAGAAUACAACGGACUGGACAUUUUGGUAUGUUGUGCGGGUGUUAACCCAGCAGUCGGACCACUUUUUGACUGUCCAGAUUCAGCAUGGCAGAAAAUAUUCGACGUGAACCUUAAGGCGCCGUAUCUUUUGACCAAAGAAGCACUGUAUCUUCUGAAACAAAGCAAGACGGGUAGAGUUAUUUAUAUCUCAUCCGGUUCUGCUUUCUAUGUACACCAUAGUCUGGGUGUGUAUGCACUAAGUAAGACGGCACUAUGCGCUCUUACAAAACAUGCUGCGUUUCUUCUAGCUGCAGACAAUAUUACUGUAAACUGUGUAGCACCAGGUGUAAUUAAUACCGAGUUCUCAGAGGCCUUAAGACCUAAUGAAAAAGAAACGGAGCACCUGUUAUCGAUUAUUUUUUUAAAAAGAUUUGGGGAGCCUGAAGAUGUUAGUGGUGUCGUCGCGUUCCUGGCUUCAGAUGAUGCGGCUUACAUAACAGGAGAAAAUAUAAUAGCAGCUGGAGGUAUUCACUCACGAUUAAUUCCUAUCAUGUCGCAACAAAUUUUGCACCGAUUAUCAGGAAGAAGUGCCCUGGUAACGGGAUCCACCUAUGGCAUAGGCUAUGCAAUAGCCAAAAGGCUAGCAGAGGAAGGCGCCAAGGUAAUCAUCAGCAGCAGAAAAAAAGAAAACGUAGAUGAGGCCACUAAAAACCUUCGCGAUCAAGGACUUGAUGUCAGUGGACUUGUGUGCCACGUCAGCAGUCCAGAUGAUCGGAAGAGACUGUUGAAAGAGGCAGAGAAAAACAACGGACUGGAUAUUUUGGUGUGUUCCGCUGGCGUCAAUCCAGCAGUUGGACCAUUAUUUAGCUGCUCAGAGUCCGCAUGGGACAAAAUAUUCGACGUAAACCUGAAGGCAUCAUAUCAGCUGACGAAGGAAGCAUUACCUCUUUUGAAACAGAGCAAGGCAGGUAGAGUGAUCUACAACUCGUCCGUUUCUGCAAUCCAUGUAUUUAAAGAUCUGGGUCCAUAUGCGACGAGCAAGGCAGCGUUGUGCGCUCUUACGAGGUACGCAGCUUAUUCUCUGGGUCCAGAUAAUAUUACCGUAAACAGUGUUGUACCUGGUUGCAUCAAGACGCGGUUCUCCGAGGUCUUGACUCCGAAUGAGGAAGAAACGAAGAAGUUGAUAUCAAUGAUCUACUUGAAAAGGCUUGGAGAAACUAAAGAUGUUAGUGGUGUCGUAGCCUUCCUAGCUUCAGAUGAUGCAGCCUAUAUAACAGGCGAAAACAUCGUUGUCUGUGGUGGUAUAUAAGAUAUAAACAGAAGGUUCAAAUUUAAAAAACGUAUGUAAUCGAAAACAUUAAUUUUGUGAAUUGACUAGUAGCACGCUUUGAAAAAUUAUUAUUUAAUAAAAUAUUACAUUGUCGCCUUAAAAACUAUUUUUAGAAUUUUAACAGAUUCCAUUACUCAUUUUCCAAAUAGUCAAGUGUAUAUAGGCAACUAAUAAUACAAUUCCCUAAAUUGUUGGUGGAGUAAGUCGCUUCAUGGAAAUAUAUUUUAAUAUUCUGUGAAAUAUAAUACAUUAUGGAUUAAA